CAGGCAUCAGCAAGCAGUGUUCAUACACAGGCGGAAAUCUCUUAUCAAAGAGAGCUACUUGGCGAAUUCCCAACAUUUUGUUACUUGGACGCAACUGAAAAGGUCGCUUAUAAAAAUAAAAGUAACGCGAGGAUAAUAAACAGAAAGAAUGGAUUUACUAUUAAAUAAAAGUAAAUAUCUUUUUCCAACUCUCAUUCUUCUAGCAUGUCUUGUAUUUAUUCAUAUGAAAUUGCCCAAGGUAUAUAUGGCAGUGGAAUAUCCAAAGCCGAUGAUAGUACCUCGGAAAUUACAACAAAGUAAAAACAAACCCGACGAGCCUUCUUUGGAGUGUGGUGAAAUCUGUAGCUAUGAGGUGAAAGUUGAAGAGAAGAGGAAAUACUAUCCGUAUAUCCGGAAAACCGUCAAAUGUGGUUCAAUAAUGAAACGUAUGGCACUUAAUCCAGCAACUCCAAAGGUACCACCUCGGAAAAUCCCUGCAGAAUUAUAUGAUGCGUUCACACAAAAUGGGGAGCUUCCUAAUAAGAAUUAUUGGUACGUCAAUGACAAGAAGUCAAUUUCAAAGGUCAACAGAGAGAAAUAUUUUUCAAAGGAAGCAAUUGAACAACUAAUAAAGGAUGAUAAGGCUGGGAAGAUUAUUGGGACGUAUGAAGUAAAGGAACCUAAAAAGUCAAUUACCGCAUAUAAAGAUGAAAUAAGUAACGCGCGUGGAGUUGUGAUUGGAUCCCAAUCACCCUGGCUUGAAGCAUUGGCCUUAUCUGUUGGUGCAAAACACAUGAUAACACUUGAAUAUAACAAUAAUCCGUUCCUUCAUCCUAAAAUAACCAAAAUCCACCCGUAUGAUAUGGCAAAAUUAUAUGCAAAUGGUAGUUUUCAAGAGUUCGAUUUUGCAUUAUCGUAUUCAUCAAUUGAACAUUCUGGAUUAGGUCGCUAUGGAGACCCUCUGAAUCCAUAUGGGGAUCUGGAAGCUGUUGCACAGGUUUGGUGCAUGCUCAAACCAGGGGGAUUAUUUAUUCUCGGACUUCCAGAGACACAUAAUGAGACAUCCUACUUGCAGUUUAAUGCUAUGAGGAGGUAUGGUCAUAGUAGACUCAAACAUCUUACUGCAAAUUUCGAGGUUAUUGAUCGUUUUAUUGGAUACGAACGAUAUGAUCUUCAGGGUAUUUGGGUUUUAAGAAAAUCACAAUGAACCCCAGUAUAUGAUAAUUUAAGUACGACAUCCCAUGCUUCGUAUGUGAUGUACAGAGUGUCAAUGAAUUGGAGCAAAUGUGGCCCGGGUAUUAGUGAAAAACACAUAUAUAGCGUGGUAUAAAAGCAUGUCACAUUUGAUUACAUCCAAUCAAUAUAGAAUUGGCAUGCCUUUUAAUCAUAAGACAUGUAUAUAGGGUGUCUCAAAAAUGUACCCAAAAGUAUAUCAACAGCAUAGACAAACCAAUCAAUAUUUUCAGACAUUUUUUGCAUGCU